GAUUCAAAUGAAAGCAGCAUCAACAUUUAUUAUUUCAAUUCUCAAUUUCAGCUUUUCGGAUCGUGACCGCAGGGCACGAGCGGUCCAUUUUCCAGUAAAUCCUGAUCCUCAAGGCCCUGUAGCUUCAAUAGAUCUGAUUUAUCUGGAGAGAGAUAAAUUGGCUAAGAUGGAGGCUAGUAACAACAACAAUAACGUGGAGGUGACCCCGGACGCAAUGGACGUGGAUCAGGCCCCUCGGCCGGAGAAGAUGUUCGCUCUGAAGAAGUGGAACGCGGUGGCCAUGUGGCGCUGGGACGUCGAGUGCGACACCUGCGCCAUCUGCCGAGCUCAAGUGAUGGCUUGCCAUUAGCAGUCGACGGCCUGAUCAGCCGGUUGACCCGUGCUGCAGCAGCUGUAGCUGGUCGGCUGAACGGCUCCACCGUUAGGACGUCCGUCAGAGCGCCAGCAUGCUGCGCCGGGAGCUGAUUAUGAUGGAGCCCUACCGGCAGCUCCGCUACCACGGACACCGCAGCAGAGUCGCCUCAGCGUCAGCGGUGGUGGACUCGGGCCCUCCGACUCGGCCCCGUCACGUGGUGGAGCCCGGCCGGCGGCAGGCGGCGCGGCGCCAGCUGCAGUGGCGACACCUGGACGCCGACAUCCGACUGAUGCGCGCCCUCGCCGAGAUCAUGGACUCGAAACGACUCGACAACGACAACACCGACUUCGAGAAGUACCGGCGCCUAUUACAGGGGAGCCGCACACGCAGCGUGGACCGAAGCACGCCUCUACCGCCGCCACCAGAUCCGUACCUCGCCACGGACGACACAGGAAAACCGCUCCGUCUGUGUCAGACGCUGGCGGCGCGGCCGCGGUCUCUCAGCUCACCGGCUCCCUCCCCGCUGGACCAGUGGCCGGAUACGUGGCUGCUGGAGUACCGUCACCAGAAACAGCAGCUUCUCCAGCAGCGGCAGCAGCAGGAGCAGCAGCGACGACAGCAGGCCAAACGGCGCAGACCGCGGCGGAGACACCGCAGCGCACAGCCCGGCACGGCUGGGAGGGCGGCUCGCAGCUCCGAACGACGACAUUCGCGGCCUCGGGCGGCAACCUCAGCACCGUUAGCGAAAAACAAACCCAGUUCGGAUGGAGACGAAACGGACGGCGAUGCCGAAGAGUCAGAUGGAGACGCCGACGCCGAAUCGGCCGCCUCUGACGCAGACAAUCGGUACUUGGGAUUGCGUGGAGGCGAGGUCGGGUUAGGUGGGAUUUUUGGUCGUCUGCCCGACCCCGACGCGCGGGACCGUCUCCGCAGACACGGCAUGGUGCUGAUGAAGGGAAUGAUCGGAUGUCGCUGUGCCGCCAGACAGGCCACUUGAUUCUGUGAUCCAGCCAGUAGUACAUUUUGUAGGCUUAAAUCAGGGUAUCUUGCACUGCACGCGU